CCCAUAUUUGACCUGGAUCUGUUUCUAUUAGGUUCAUGCUGCUUCGUUGAUUCAUGAUGAUUUGCCCUGCAUGGAUGACGACCCAACUCGACGAGGCCUUCCUGCAAACCACACAGUUUUUGGUGUAGAUAUGGCAAUUUUAGCCGGGGAUGCCUUGUUCCCUCUUGGUUUUCAGCAUAUUGUGUCUCACACUCCAACCAAUCUCGUUCCCGAGGAUCGAGUCCUCAAGAUCAUUACAGAGAUUGCUCGAGCUGUGGGAUCCACUGGUAUGGCUGCUGGUCAGUUCCUUGACCUUGAAGGUGGACCAAAUGCUGUUGAUUUCGUUCAAGAAAAAAAAUACGGUGAAAUGGGCGCGUGCUCUGCCGUUUGUGGAGGUCUCUUGGCUGGUGCUUCGGAUGAGGAAAUCCAACAUCUGAGAAGAUAUGGUCAAGCUGUUGGUAUCUUAUAUCGGGUUGUUGACGAUGUAUUGGAAGCAAAGGAGAAGGAAACAACCGAGGGGAAGAAAAAGAAAGGCAAAAGUUAUGUCAGCGUUUAUGGCGUUGAGAAGGCUAUGAAAGUUGCUGAGGAUCUUAGGGCGCAGGCUAAGAGAGAGUUAGAUGGUCUGGAGAAGUACGGCGAUAAAGUCAUGCCGCUUUAUAGUUUUGUAGAUUAUGCUGCAGAUAGAGGUUUUAGUAUUGACGACCAAGUCUAGAUCAUUUUAGCAUUGUCUUAUGUUUUCAUCAUGAUAACUGACCAGAACUUAUGUUGUAUGGAGUAAUAUUAUUAAUGAAGCUGUAAUUGCUAAUAA